AUGACUCAUGGGUUUCCCUAUGACGAGGUGGAUCCGCUGACUUGCCAGCCUGUAUCUCGCGACUACGAGGAUAUCAACAAUACAUGGAAAAACGAUGCGAUGGGCAACUAUUCACUCACUCUUUUCGACACAUUGGACGCAUUUGUGGUGCUUGGGGACAGACAGGGCUUUGAACGCAAUAUUCAACUAAUCAAAGACACGUACCAGGAUUUUAAUAUUGACGCAAACAUCCAGGUUUUUGAGACCACCAUUAGAGUUUUGGGAGGACUAUUGAGUGCGCAUUUAUACGCUUCCGACGAGCGGCGAGGGUAUAGUAUAGAAAACUACGACGGGUUUCUUCUCCGUCUGGCAUACGAUCUAGGGAAAAGGCUUGUUCUGGCAUUUGAAAACAAGUCGGGAGUGCCUUAUCCGCGCACAAAUCUCAGGUACGGACCGCAAAAAGUGCCCAAAAGCCUGCAACGAGAGCAAUGCACGGCAGGCAUUACUUCUCUAGUUUUAGAGUUUGGACUGCUCUCUCGACUGACCAACGACCCGAUCUUUGAGCUUGUCUCCAGAAAAACGUUCCUCAACAUCUGGUCCUCGAAAACCGUGCUUGGAUUGUUACCAAUGUCUGUGGAUGCGCGGUCCAACGUUUUCACGGACCAGGUCACGGGAGUUGGGGCGUCCAUCGACUCGUUUUACGAGUAUGCUCUAAAAUACUCCAUAUUAUUCGACGACGAAAUAUUCAACGAUAUUUGGCAAGAGUCUUACAAGGCCCUGCUUAUGCAUUCACAAAAUUCAGUUGGCAUAUUCACGAACAUUCACGCCUCCAAUGCAGCCGCGGCAAGGGAAUGGAUCGAUGCUCUAGGGGCAUUUUUUCCCGGGUUGCUGGUGUUAGCUGGAGACCUGAAAAACGCUUUUGACUUCUACACGGUAUAUUUCAAGCUGUGGAACACUUACGGAGCCAUUCCCGAACGAUGGGAUUUUUCUGGGUUCCGUUGGAGCUACGCCAACAGGGACUCGAAGCCGUACCAUCUUUUGGAUAGCUUGCCAGGAAUGUCUCGUGAGGAAACGAAGGUCGCGUUGAUGAACGAUGCCGUCCUUCUUGAAUGGUACCCUUUACGUCCUGAGUUCAUUGAGUCGACGUACUUCCUUUAUAGAGCGACUCAGGACCCGUUUUUCUUGCGCGUUGGCGAGGCCAUUUUGCGUCGUUUCGAAACAGAGUUCUAUGCUCCUUGCGGAUUUGCAGGCAUUGACGACAUCAGGCUGGGCACCAGACAGGCACGGAUGGAGAGCUUCGUUUUGAGCGAAACGCUCAAGUACCUGUACUUGCUAUUUGACCCUGAAAAUGAUCUGCAUACAAAAAACGGUGCCGCUAUAUUUUCAACCGAGGCGCAUCCAUUUUGGUUCGACGACAAGCUAAAAGUGUACAAUAUGCGCCAGGACAUUGCAAUUCCAGAAACAACGGAGAAAGGUGUGAUGGAGGCGGUUUGGGAUAAACUGUUUGCGCAGACUCCGCCCCAGGAAGUGGACAUCCAAUUUGCAAAACUAAGGCUCGAGAAAAACACACUCCCUGACUACACACCUAUAAUACUAACUCAAAAGAUGAAGGAAGCAUUGGACAGAUACCACAUCAAAUACCCUUCUAACUUGGAGCUGGAAAAACGUAUCUUUGUCAACCCCAAAGUGUAUCAGCUGCUCAAACCGUAUAUGGCAGAGAAAGACUCAAACAGAGUUAUUGAGGAAAUGAACCUGACUUUAGAUCCAGACUACUUGGGCCUGACCAAAUGCCAGGCGUUCUCACAGGACCACACAUUUGUGCACUCCAAAAUCCUCCAGUAUCCGAUGUUCUACAGAGUGAAUGAUAGGUACCAAGUUGCUCUGCACAGCCCUCCUUAUUAUAGAGACACAACCGAUGUUGAGAUCGAUGAGCCUUUCUACGAUGUGUUUGGAACGAACGGAAUGGUGUCAUUCCCGACGCAGUCGACAGAGGAUUUUGACGCUUUGAUUGGAUCGUUGGAGGGAGUUAGAGAUACACGUAUUUACCGAGUGGUGGCAGGACCAAAUUACGAACCAAACGAAAAUGCUACUGUGCCGGUACUCCCGCAGGAUCUGUAUAUUCCUGCGCUCGACAACCUCCGGAUGACCUUUGAACGGGUGACUCCUGGAAGGAUCGACCGAUACGGCCAGAUCGUCGAAGUGGACCCAUACAACUGCUCGUUGAGGCUGCUCAAAAUUAAUGGGUGCAAUCUGGAGAUGGACGACAUAGUCUGGAUCGACUACGGCUGGCUCAGAACGUCUAAUCCAUAUGGCAAUAUCGGGUACACACAACACGGGUUUCUCACCAUUAAUGGAGAAUUGGUUGCAAACGUUCGGAUAAUUCCAGAUUGA